UCUCUCUAUAGAGUAUAGACUAUAGACUAUAGAGGUCUUCCCCACACACAAAACUCACGCGCUCUCUCUCCCUCUCUUCGCGUCUCCGGCGGAUGACAUUCUGCUCCGGCGCUUCAUGGCUAAAACACGGGCCACUCGUAGAACCCUAGAUUCCUACACCGUCAAGUCCAUCAGCAAAACUAUCAAAGCCGGUGACUGCGUGCUGAUGCGGCCAUCGGAAUCUUCGAAGCCCUCUUACGUCGCCCGAGUUGAGAAGAUCGAGUCUGAUAGCAGGGGGGCCAACGUGAAAGUUCACGUCCGCUGGUACUACCGUCCGGAAGAGUCGAUCGGUGGCCGGCGGCAGUUCCAUGGCUCCAAGGAGGUCUUCCUCUCCGACCACUAUGAUAUACAGAGCGCCGACACCAUAGAAGCUAAGUGUACGGUCCACAGCUUCAAGAGCUACACCAAGCUCGACGCUGUUGGUAAUGAAGACUUCUUUUGCCGAUUCGAGUACAAUUCCUCUACCGGAGCCUUCAAUCCCGAUAGAGUUGCCGUGUACUGUAAAUGUGAGAUGCCUUAUAAUCCAGAUGACCUCAUGGUUCAGUGUGAUGGCUGCAGUGAUUGGUUGUAUACAGAAUAUGUCAAGUCCCAUGGAGCCUAAGAAUAUUUUAGAAGUAGGAUAUAUGUGAAUUGGCUUUAUUAAUUUUGUUCUGUUGCCUUCAGUACCAAGUUAUUCAAUCGAUUACCUUUUUGAGAUGCCUACUUAAGGUACGGAAGUGCAUCAAAAUGACCUUAGGCCAACAUCCUUGCAACUUGCAAGUAGUAAUGUAGGAGCCACAUAGGUCAUUCUUAAUUGGGAACAGAAGCUUUUGGUUAUAGAUAGGGAUUGUUUGCGGACUAGCCCAUAGUGUUAGCUGGUAGCUGCUGAUUAUAUUUGUUUAAAUAUAUUUUGGUAGAAUUAUCUGUUAGUUAUUACUUAUUAGCCAUUAGUGGGUUGAAUAUGUAAACCGACACACACACGCAUAUUUAUAUAACGGAGUAUAAAUGUAGAGUAUAUCUAAUAUAUAUUUAAUAUUAGAUUAUUAUAUAUAAAAUACAGAUAUGUUAUAUUAUGCAAUAACAAUAAUAAAGGGUAGGGUUGUCAAAAAAGCUCAUUUAAUUAGCUUUUUGGGGUAAAAUAGCUAAUUCAGAAUGUUAUUUACUAAACACUCAAAUUAGCUUUUUGUCUUGGUCACACAACUAAAAGCUCUCUAAAAACAUAGUCACCAAACAGCCCCGUAGGUAUCCACCUCUAUUCUGUAUCUAUUAUUUCCCUCUAACUUGUGCUCGUGUAUGUUAAGAAGGCAGUUAUUUGCUAACCAUCUUGGAUAGGCUGGUGAUCAACGUGCUUUCCAUCCUUUUAGGAUGGACUUUUGGUGGUGAGGAUAUCUUUCAGGGUGUGGGCUCCAUUGUUUGGUUUUAGCAUUAAAUUUUGGGAUUUUAUUGCAAAAACAUACUCUUAUAUGCUACAAUGCAUGCCUCCAUCUUUAAAUGGUUGUAUAAUUUUCGUUCAGGUUUCAUCCUACAUG